UCGUACAAUGUGUUGGGUUGUUUUUUUUUUUUUGCAGCUGCACAGAAAAAACACUUCUCAGUAGAAACGCUUUGUCAUGUUUCACACAUACCCCGUGUGUAUGCGUGUCUGUGGCAACAAUCAUUAGUCAGCAGGACACGCAGUUCGUCACAUUUUACCCUCUUGGGAUAGUUUGCAGUUUAACCGGAUGCAGUUGUUUUGAAAUUACCAGCUCGCUCGCUCGCUCUCUCUCUCUCUCUCUCUCACUCACACACACACACACACACACACGCAUAUACGGUUCUCGUCUUGUGGAGCUUGUGUCCCCGCUUUCCUACCACCUUUGUUUUUGUGAUAAUGGGUGUUAAUAAAACAUACAUUAGUAUCGGCUAUGCCUCGUUUGGUAUGCUCAUGGGGUUUUCUGCUUUCCUCGCGUGGAACAUCGCGUUCAAACAGCCGUGGACUGCAGCCAUGGGAGGACUGUCAGACACCUGUUGGUUGUCAUUCAUUUCAGGCCCCUGCAAGUUGAUUUUUAUAUUGUACUUAAAUGAACAGAAACCACUGUUGGAAGGCACGAAAACUCCUAAAACUGAAGGUGUGCUGGCACUUUGGACCCUGAUCGCUCACAUCAUGUACCUGCAGGACUACUGGAGGACCUGGCUAAAGGGCCUCAAGUUCUUCUUUUUCAUGGGGAUUUUCUUCUCUCUGUUGGCAGUAGUGGCCUUCAUCACUUUCCUGUCUAUUGCCAUCAACAACAAGGAGUCCCUGACUGACCCUCAGAGUCUCUACCUGUCCUGUGUGUGGAGCUUCAUGAGCCUCAAGUGGUCCUUCCUGCUCGCCUUGUGCGCUCACCGCUACCGCAAAGAGUUCGCCGAUAUCAGCAUCCUCAGUGACUUCUAAGAGCACUUAAACAUCCCGCCGUAACUACACAGACUUUGGAGUACACUCACUGUGCUGGCUUCCCAGCCUGAGAGUGCCCAGAAGUGAUGGAUGACAUUUUAAGAGGAAUCACAGGAGAAGUUGAAAUACUUUGUGGAUGAGCACCCUGAUUCUCCCUCACCUUCUUGGCCAGCGUCUCCCCCAAACCUCCUUUCUUUUUUUAGUAUGUGAGCAGGGUUUGUUGUUGACUUGCCCACUUUCCAGACAAAUCCAGCUCCAUUUUUUAUGAUCCUCGAUAGGCUUUACAUUUUCACUUCCUUAGCAUCCUGCUUAGUCAUGCAUCUGCACAAUUUCCUCUUGACAAAAUAUAUCAUUUUUAACCAUGACUCAGUGAAGGGAAUUGCUGCGUUACUAACACACUCCUCAGUGGUAAUUAUCAGUUGCAGUUUCAUGCUGUAGCAACCAGAGGGCAUCACCCUUCCAACAAUUAAACACCGUGUACAGUAUGUGUGCUUGACAUCCCAACUUGCAUCUUACGUAUUAUAUUUAAUUUUUUCUGGUUCAAUGAAUGAUGAAGAGGUUUUUUUUCCAUCACACGUUGCGCAUUCAGUGGUCAAGUGAUGAAAUCUGCAUAUCACAAGGCAUCAAUCCUGUGGUGAAUGCAGCGCUUCAAAGUUGAGUCUUGCAGAGGGCAGGUCACCCACAAUCCUACAGCAUCGACAUGAAGGCUUUCAUGUGCAAUUCCAAAUAAGCACCAGAUAUCCUGGUCCAAACUAUGAAGGGGCAUUUUUAAUGUAAAGAAUGAUUUUUGUAUUAUUUUUAUCAGUGUGACAAAAAAAAAACACUAGAAGAUAAUAAGUGUAAUUGUGAAAAUGGGCCUCAGUUAUGACUUUAAUUUCCGACAGUAGUGAUACCACUAAUGUGCGUUCAUGUUGCUUUAUGUUAUAUUGUCCUCAUCUGAACCAUUUAUGACAUUUAUAUUGUUGCUUAAUGAAAUUAUUUUGCUGUGUUUCCUUUAAAUGUUUAUCUCUGUGCAUUACCAUGUUAGAAAUGAAGGAAGGUGCUGUAUAUUCACACGUAUCACUUUACUGAAUGUUGUGAGUGUGUAUUUGUUCAAGAGUGUGUCUGAGAGUCGCGUUAAUAAAAUGUGUUUUUUGACA